AGUUCAUGUGACUGCGGUGCUGUUUAGCUUCCUUCAUCCGGGUAACGCGCGCGCGCACACACAGAGCUUGCUUCUCAGUUUGAUUUCGCUUAUUGAAGCGAAAUCAUUGAAGGUUAUGAUUUUGGAGUGUGAAUUACAGCAUGGCUGAUGGGUGGAGCUCUCUGCUGGAUUCCAGAUGUGCAGACUGGAUGUCUCAGCUUCCUCCUCAGCUCCACGAUGUUCCUCUGUGGGAUCUGGCGAUACCCGGCAGUCAUGAUACCAUGACAUACUGUCUGGACCAGCACAGUGCAGUCCUGCCUUCACAGCCCAGGAUACUGACCGCGCUGGACCACAUCAUACCCUGUGUCAUCCGGCCGUGUAUAAAGAAGUGGGCCACCACUCAGGAGCUGUCGAUUUCCAGUCAGCUGGAUUCAGGAAUUCGAUUUCUCGACCUAAGGAUUGCCCACAAGAAGGAAGAUUCAAGCUGGGUGUUUUACUUUGCACAUGGAAUAUACUCUCUACUUACUGUAAAGGAGGCGCUCACUGAUGUUGCGCACUGGUUAGAGCAUCACACUAACGAAGUCGUGAUCAUCUCACUGUCUGCUUUUAAUGAUGUGAGCCCUGUGCAGCACUACAACCUCAUUGACUUUUUGAUACAACUCUUUGGCAAAAAACUCUGCCCCAAAUCAGAAACUCCUUCUCUGAACGCAUGCUGGACUCACGGUUAUCAGGUGAUUCUCUCCUACGCUGAUCCGUCUGGGGCCAAGCAUGAGGAACUUUGGCCAGCAUGGGAUUACUGGUGGGCCAAUGAGUCCGACCCGAACCUGGUCAUUUCGUAUCUGGAGCAUAACAAGGAGACCGGAAGACCAGCUGGUUUCUUUAUGGCCGGUAUAAACCUCACUGAAGACACCAGGUACGUCCUGUCGCAUCUCACACAGUCCAUGAAGAGCAUGACGCUCCAGUCCUACAACAUGCUAAUGGACUGGGUCAAAAAGCAGCACCCCGGCUCCCGGAAAACAUCAGUCAAUAUCAUCUGUGCAGACUUUGUCGGGAUUCUGAGAAACGAAUUCUGUGAAAUUGUUAUUGGACUCAAUAUAGAUCCGAAAAGAUGACCAAAGAGAGAAAAAUGUUACACUUUCGCAAAAAGACUUGGACUUUGUGUACAGCAUAUUUUUAAUAGAAGUUUGUACAGUUGAUGAUUCACAAAAUAAAUGAUUUGUAUGUCAGAA